AUGGCAAGUUUAAAGACGAAUUUACCCCAGGAGGGUACCACCAGCUCCGCUGGUGGAGAAUCCCUCCCCGAGGCCACUUUGGCCUCGGGCUGCCCCUCGUACUCUGGGGGGGGCAAAAACUGCUUUGACUGCACGACGACUUUGGCUUUGAAUACGGACACAGAUGCACGCGAUGUGGAAGUGACGGGGAGUGGAAUGGAAGAGGAAAUGGAGCUGGACACGGAGUUGAUGUUGAGCGAGGAGUCGACAUCAAUGUCCGAGAGCAGUCGCCGAGCCAGCCCCCUGCCAAGGAAGAGGAGAGGUCGACCGCCCACCACGGGCCAUUAUGUUGGUCUGGCCAAGGCCAAGUUGGCCCUCAUCGAGGCGGAACGGGAGGAGGAGAGAAGAAGAGCGGAGGCCGAAGUAGUCGCUGCCUCGCGCGUGGCCCGGGCUAGAGCCCAAGCCCACAGGCUGUCGGAGACGGUCACUGAAGAUGAGGAGUUUCAGGCGGCCGGCUCCCUCAGCCAAAUAAUAGAGGAGAACGUGGGGGUAAUCAAGAAAGUGGCCACCACGUCCAAAAACUUGAAAGGGGGGUACGUGAGAGCCCUUAAGGACGCGGCUGAGGAGAUCAGUAAAAUGACAAAAGCUCUGCAAGGCAGAUGCUCCACGGACGAGACAAAAGGGCUGCAGGCGGACAACGCUCGCCUGCGAGCUGAAGUAGCGCAGCUGCGCAAGGAGGUGGCUGACAUGAAGAAACACCUCCUGGCAUCGAACGAGAGGUCAGAGGCCACGGUUGAGAUCAGGCGGCUGCCUGAACCACAGCCGCCAAGACAGCCAAACGACAGCGAAGAGCUAGUGCGUGCCAUAUUGUGCCAGGUGGGCAAUAUGAUAAACGCAAGGUUCGAGGCGCUGCAAGACCGACUCCUGCCGGAGAAACGACUCCGUCCCCCGCUGGCGGCGGACAGCAGGACAGAGCCCGUGGACGGCGGCACACCGGAAGUCCCGAAAGCGUCGGGUAAAGCCAAGGGCAAAACCCCGGGCAAAGCCCCGAGCAAAGCCCCGAGCAAACCAGCUAAGGAGAGGGCGACGACGAAGCCCCAGGUCCAACCACAGCCAGUGGUGGGGGCUGAGCCGGAGGACCAUCAGCCCAAAGAGCUGCCCUGGAGCACGGUGGUCAAAAAGGGGCUGAAGAAAAAGAAGAAGGACCGACCACGGGUGUUUACAAACACUGAAAGAGGGAAAGUUACAAGAGCACCAUCAGAUGGCCCACCAAAGACUGCGGCGGUGGUGGUCACUUUAACGCCGGAAGCUAUUGCAAAGGGCCUGACUUACGACGCGGUCAUCGCAGAGGCCAAAGCCAAAAUAAGGCUUCAAGAUGUUGGGAUAACAACUGGAGUACGGUUCAGGGUAUGUGCCACUGGAGCGCGGAGGUUUGAAGUGCUAGGCGCGGAAAACGGGCCACAAGCCGACGCCUUAGCUGAAAGGCUGGCGCAAGUUUUCAGCGGAGACAUGGUCCGCAUCUCUAGGCCAACAAAAACGACAGAGAUCAAGAUAUCAGGGUUAGACGACUCGUCAACCAUCGAUGAGGUACUAGCGGCGGUCGCCGAAGCAGGAGGCUGUCCAAGGGAAAGCCUCAAGAGCAGCGGGGUGGUUAGAGAUAGGUAUGGAGUAGGGCAUGCAUGGGUGGAGUGUGCAGUGCCAACAGCGAAACGGGUGGCUGCAGCCGGUCGGCUGACCAUAUCGUGGGUGUCGGCCAAUGUAACACUGCUCGAGCCCAGACCGAUGCGUUGUUAUCGUUGCCUACAGAAGGGGCACGUCAGGGCGCAAUGCAACGCAGAGGAAGAUAGGAGCAAGUUGUGCUUCCGAUGUGGGGUAGAGGGCCACAAGUUCAAGGGCUGCUCGGCCAAACCGCAUUGCACCAUCUGUGCGGCGGCCCGAAAACCGGCGGACCACAAAUUGGGUGGCAGGGGAUGCUCUGCUCCAGCCCCCAAGAUCACCAGAGGGAACAAGACACAGCCACAACCAGCACACCAGGCUCCAGUAGAGGUUGCUAUGGAGACGGAGGAAGUAGACUCCAGAAAUGGCUCUCCAUCUUCUCCAAACUAA